CCCUCUCAUUUGCAUACAGAGGAAGGCAGCAGUUCCCACUGGAAAGCGGCCGCAGAUCAGCCCUGUGUUUUCUAGACUCGCUGAGCCUGUACUCGUUAUUUAUUGCUUUUGGCCGAGCAUCAGAUUCCAGAGUUAUGGCUUGAGGCCAGUUUUGUACUGAGAAUGAACAGAUCGUUGAGUUUACGCUUAUCUCGCAGGCAUGGAAAUAAUCUCUACAGCUAUGCGGUGGACGCCGGGACGAUCCCCGCCAAGGUGAAGAAGGGGAGGACGAAAAGCAAGCUGGGGAGCAAGAAGACGAUCAGUUUGGAGGAAAAUCAGCUGGAGACCAAGAGUCUGAACCAGCCAAGCUCUCAGACUCUUGAUGUCGACAGACCUCUGGAGAGAAGCGAGAGCCUCAACUCAAGAAGUAGCUUUAUGAAGCACAACAAAACCUUCCACAGACUCUUCCCAGAAGUCCCUGAGACUGAAGAGCUGCUGCAUGCUUACGUGUGUGCGCUGCAGAAGGAAGUGCCUUAUCACGGCCGUCUGUACAUCACCGACAGCAGCCUGUGCUUCUUCUCCUCCGUGCUGCUCAAAGACACCAAGCUGCUGGUCCCCGUCGCCAGAGUGAGCGUCCUGAAGAAGCAGAACACAGCGCUGCUCGUACCGAACGCCAUCUCCAUCCGAACCACAGACGGAGAGAAGUAUUUAUUCGUGUCUCUGCGUAACAGAGAAGGCUGCUAUAAGCUUCUGCGAUCCAUCUGUGCUCAGCUGGAGGAAGGAAGUGCCAACAGCAGCCCUCUCUUCUCAUCAGCCGAGAACAGCCUCGAUGCGGUCAGACCGGUGGUAAGUGAGCGCUCUGGGCUUCAGGACGCCUCGAGAAAAUCUGGUUUUCACCCUGUGUCUCUCCAGCAGAGCUCCAGUCAGUCCAGUCUAGACGAAUCCUUCCAGACGUCUCCUCCGAUGCCUCGACUCGCUCCAGAAAACACUGCGAUCGAGAGCCCAGCGCAGACGGCAGACGAGAGCUCGGGGGACGGAGACACCGGAAGUUGGUGGGUCUGGAGCGUGACUGAUCGAGCGCGGUCUCUCCUCGUCCAGAGAGAAGUCAACAACCUCAACACUCUGCUGCUCAUCUACCUGAUCCUGGUGUUUCUGCUCUUGUUGUCGUCUGGCUAUAUUGGCCUGCGUAUCGUGGCCUUAGAAGAGCAGCUGACGUCUCUCGGAGCCCUUCCCGAAUUCACUCUACAAAGCGGGUACAAAGAAACGUAAGAGAUCUCAUCCAUCUGAACUUUGGAAAGAACCACCAAAAAACGUUCUUAAAGAUCCACUAGCUGCCGCAAGGAAUGCUGGGAAGGACCUUUAUUUGCACAUGCACCAGCUGCUAAACUCUGUGCGUCUCUGCCAAGGAUACGACUAAAGGGCAUGGAUUAUGAGACGCUGGUUUUUAUGAAAAGCGGGUGUGUCUUCGCUCGCAGCCAUUCGGUUUGUGUUAGCGCAACAGUGACUCUCCCAAAAAAACAACCAAAGACAACAGGUUUGUCUUUGAGAAGUGUGAAAGACUUCUGUGGAAAAGCAUUUCAUCGGUUAUUAUUCAUUGCUAUGCCUUCGUUUGAUCACUUUUACAACCAUCCAAAAACGUCGCAAAUAUUUUUUUUUUCUUUGUAAGUUCUGAGUUUCCUUAUUUUUGAUAACUGUCUUUUUCUUCAGUCUUACGUUUUUUGUUUUUUGUAUAAAGUGGUUUCAAUAUUACUUGUUUCGGUUUAACGAUAAAAAAAAUAGCUAAGCUAGCUAGCCAACUCUUACUCGUUGCAGCACCUUUGUUUGAUCGUUAUUACGAGCAUCAUAAAAUUUCACGAAUAGCUUUUGUCCAUUUUUCCCAUCCCAAGUUCCUUAUUUUUAAUGGCUAGCUUUGUCUUGUUUGUUCUUCGUCAAUUUUUUUUUUUUCGUAAAAAAGACUUGCGAUUAUUAUAGGUUAAGUUUUAACGAUAAAAAUUAGCUAAGCUAGCUAACCAACCCUUACUGAUCGCAGCGCCUUUAUUUGGCCACUUUUACGACCAUUAUAAAAAUAAAGUCUUUAAUAACGAUGUCGAAUUAAGGAGUUGCGAUAAUCACUGGUUUGGUUUAACGUAAAAAAAAAUGCUAAGCUAGCUAGCCAGCCCUUAGUAUUAUUGUAUGUAUAGUCUAUGCACAAGAAACGCUAAGAUCAGGUAUUUAACGAGUUUUUGUAUCUUUUUGUCUUUUUUAUACGCUAAGGAGACGAAUUAGUCCAACAUUGUUGGUCUUUAUCGUAAUCCGAAAAAAAUUAAUAAAUAAACUUUGUGCAAAAAAGAGAUGGACGUUGUAUUGUGAAGCGUCCGAUUUAUGGCUGAAACCAAGCGCGCAUGUUUGCGCAAACCUAAGCGGAGCAUUUCCAUUCAGGACUCGUAAGGAGAUGAAUCGCGAUUCUUGACGAAAACGGCGUGGUCCCAAAUAUGCAUGAUUUGUGUGUGCGUGUGUAUAUGUGUGUUUGUAUAAAUAUGUUGCAAUAUGUUCAAGAGAGAAGCAACGUGUAGCCGUUCAAGAGCACUUUAUAAUGUGGAGACGCUCUCCAGUCCUGGAGGGGGCGCUGUGUUGAGGGUUUGAGGCAUUGGAUGCUGCUAAGAACCUCUCGCUCAGGGCCAGUACUGACUCGCAAUGCAUCAUGGGAUUGGUACACCUCAGUUUUGGUAUCUUGGUCAUCUGCUGGUUCCCGGUGAAACACGCGCAUGGGAAUUUCUUGCUCGAAACGAAUGCAUGCUUUUUUUUUUUCCUGAAAUGGAGAUUCCUCGUUGGACUGAUGCGUGCAAACGGAUUCGCACAACAUUUCGUCCAGUCGCCGGGACGUCGCAAGUCGCCUCGACCACUGUCUAAUAACCACAAUGCAAGAAACCCAACUUUCAUAAUUUGUAUUGCACUAUUAAAUUGUUAUUUUUUUUCUAUGAGUAUGUCGGUAAAACUCUUGUUUGGUCUAUUUAUUGCCUAAUGUGUAAUUCAAACUGGUCUCUGUGAGACUGGCUUUGGCAUUGUUUGAAUAAAUCAAGUGCUAAGGAAA